CCACCAGCUGCAACAACCUUGUCUCUGCAACCCGCCCUCGGUUGCUUGGCGGCUGCCCAUGAUCUGCCAAGUCAAAUCACCAUCCACGUCCAAGGCCAGCCCCAGACGACCUCGGGCCCGUACCCGUACCCGACACACACAAUGACCGACCCGGCCGACCCGGCUCCGGCCAAGCCCCGCGUCCGCGCCUUCAGCCAUCGCACUCGUGCCGGCUGCCUGACGUGCAAGACGCGCCGCAAGAAGUGUGACGAGCAGCGGCCCAUCUGCAACCGCUGCAAGGUCGGCGGCUUCAUCUGCGAUGGCUACGAGGCCGACGGCGCCGCCAGGAAGCAGCGCAAGCCCUCCCCAGCCACUUCCGCCUCGUCCUCGUCCUCCUCCCCCCCGUCGUCGUCCUCGUCAUCCUCACCCUCGGCCUCAGGCCGCUCGCUGCCCAUCUUAGUCAAGAAGGGCAGGGCUCUCGCGCCUCUGAAACCCGCUCCCGUCGCUUCCGCCAUCGCCUCCGCCAUCGCCGUCCCCGUCGUCCGUGGGCCGCUGCUGCCGGGAGAUGCCCGCGACACGCAGUACUAUGUCUGGUUCUUCACCAACACCGUCGGCGACCUUGUCAUGUCGCACUCCUUCAGCACCGCCUUCUGGCACAAGAUGUUCCAGCCCUCGAGCCAGAACGCCGCCUGCGUCCGGCACGCCGUCGUCGCUCUCGGAGCCAUCCACUGGCAGUUCUCCCGGCACGACGCAGCUCAGCUGACCUCCCCGCCUUUGCCGUCGUCACAAAAGGCGUCCCUCGACCGGUUCGCCCUGCAGCACUACAACCAGGCCAUAUCCUCCCUCGUCAAAGCGCGAGACACCACAAACGACAUGGUCACGACAGUCACCUGCUGCUUCCUCUUCGUCCUGCUCGAGAGCCUGCGCGGCGAGUAUGGCGAGGCCCUGCGGCACCUCGAGGCCGGCAUGACCAUCCUCGCAGACCACCAGCCCACCACGGCCCUGCCGAACCGUGAGGUCCAGGAGCUCGCGUCCAUGUUCCAUCCUAUCGGCUGCGAGGUCGGCGUCUUCGCCGAGACGCGCCUCUUCCCGGACAUCUCGCGCUUCCAGGCCCCGAUGAAGAAGUACAAGCGGCGCACCAACGAGCUGCGCGAUCUCGACGAAGCCGAGGACGUCAUGAACACACGUGACGACCUCAUCACGCUCAUCACGAUCGACCUCGAGCAGGACUGGGACAACCCGGACUCGGACUGCAACACGCAGUGGGAGCUCCUGCGCAUCAGCGUCCAGAACUGGAAUGUGCAGUUCAACGCCCUCGUCGACCGCAUGCUGCGCGACGGCGAGUACGACGACAACAUCCAGAAGAUCACCAACCUCAAGCUGCAGUACAAGAUGUGGGAGCUCCUCAUGGAAGUCGGGGACGAGUGCGACGCAGGAGGCUGCCCUGCUUCCAGCUACGGCAACGGCAACAGCACCAGCUGCAACGGCGGCAGAGGCUCAUACUCGCCCCUCGCAACCGUGCCCCCGGACGUGGGACCGACCCCGGGGCCCCCGGCCAUGGACGCGGCCGAGUGCAGCGCGCUGCUCGAUGAGGUCGACAAGCUGUGGUACAGCACCACCACCCCGCGCUUCGCGCUCAAGACGGACCUCCUCACCGCCAUCUUCCAGCUGUACGUCUUCUGCCUCGACGAGGAUGUGCGGCUGCGCAUCAUCAACAUGCUCCGCGCGCGUAGGAGGCGCGAGAUCAUCUGGGACAGCGCGGCGCUCGCCGACUUCCUGGAGCGCGACAUGGAGCAGCGGCGGACGUGCGGCGGCGAGCGGUGUGAGCGGUGGCCCAACCUCGGGCCAUCGCCGUCGGCCGAGGCGCUGGUCGUCUUCCGGCCGAAGAAGCGGCAUCACGAUGUGGUCGAUAGUGCCACGGCCGCUGUGCAGAGUUUCGUGCAGUGAGGGAUGGCAUACGGCGUACCAGCAUGGCGGCACGGGCGGAGGCGGAGGCGGAGUCAAUAAUGGAGUUCUUGGUGUUUUCCUUAGUUCUGCUAGAAUCCUUAAUGCAUAACGAAAGUCGUCGACGUGGUUUCCGCAAGUGCUGCCGAGUCUUCUGAUCUGUUCCCUGCGCAUCUGUCCGUCUCGAGGUGGUGCCAGACGUCAUCGCGGGAUUCGAACCGAGGCAAUCGAGGUCUAAUCACCGGCAACCGCUGGAGGAAUAGAUCAAGGAGGUCAAGUAAGCACUAGCCGCGCCCAUCAUGUCAGUUGCAUGCCGAGACUUGUCCAGGCUUUGUUGCUGGAGAACUUGCUCUGGGAGACAGAGCGUGGCGAUUCUAUAUCUAUUUUAUAGAGCGAAGAAUAUAGCCGAGUUGAGGUCCAUUGCCACGAA